AUGCCCCCUAAGACAAAACUACCUCCAAACUUCGACAGGUAUGAUGGAACUAGAGAUCCUGAGGAUCAUCUCCAUGCCUUCAGAGGUGCUGGGCAGCUGGGACGAUGGCCCAUGCCAGUUUGGUGCCACAUGUUUGUGCAGACCCUGACGGAGGGAGCCAGGCUCUGGUUUGACAGCCUUCCCCCCGGAGGGAUUGACAGCUAUGAAGAGCUAAGUGAAAAGUUCCUGAGGAACUUUGGUCAGCAAAGAAAAGUGGUCAAGAACCUAAACGAAAUCUUGCAUAUAAGGCAGAGGGACAAUGAGCAAAUAGAUCAGUACAUGGAGAGGUUUGUCAAGGAAAGUAUGAACAUCAAGGACGUCCCGGAGGUCAUGAAGAUCAGCAGUUUCAUCAACAGGUUAAAACAUGCACAACUACGCGAGAAGCUGGGGGAGGAGUUCCCGCACUCGUUUGACAAUCUCAUGGACAGAGUCAGAGCCUUUGUCAGGGGCAAGGACACAGUCAACAAAGCUAAAGAGAUGGACACCCCACCCCGAAGGGCCAAUCCAACUGCAAAACCUCCUGAAAAAGGACGAGGCCAUUGUAUUCCCCAUAUAGGCCUCGAGGGAGAGGCCCAUCCCCCUACUAUGAUAGCUUCACCCCCCCUCACCAAAACCCCAAGUGAAAUACUGGCUACUGAGAGGGUAAAGAGCUCCUUCCCAAGAUCGCCACCCAUAAAACCCGGGGCAAAGGCACAACCGAACGAGUAUUGUGACUUCCACAAGGGAUUUGGUCACAAAACUGAUGAUUGCAUGUACCUAAAGAGGGAAAUAGAGGCCGCGGUGAAAACGGGUAAACUGGCCCAUUUGAUUAAAGAGAUUAAGGAAGGAGGAGGGGAUCGCAAAGGGAAAGAUGUGCGGGAGCAUGGAAGGGCAGAUGUAGACAUGAUCCGAAGGAGGAAUGAAUUUGAUACCACCAGAAGUCAUUUGAAUACAUCGAAGUAUCUUUACCCUUCAGGUCGGUCGAUCGGACGGUCGUUCGAUCGGUCGGCUACCCAAUCGGUUAGGUACUUUAGCGAACAAGUUCUCAGUAGGGUGUCAUCCAAUCGGACGGCUGUUCGAUCGGGUGGUACUCCUAGUUCACCGAACAUGUUGAAAAUCGAUUAA